AUGGAUGUCGGUUCCGUCCCCUCCGCUGGCACGAAGCGGAAAGCGGAGGAAGACCAAGGCCCAGACGAAAGUCAAGGGCCCCGUCGCAUCCGCGCACUCGACCAAAAUGUAGUCAACAAAAUCGCCGCAGGGGAGAUUAUUGUCGCCCCCGUCAAUGCCCUGAAAGAAUUGAUCGAGAACUCCGUUGAUGCUGGCGCCACUGCCCUCGAGGUAUUGAUCAAGGAAGGCGGCCUCAAACUCCUGCAAAUCACCGAUAAUGGCUGCGGUAUCCAGAGAGACGACAUGGAGAUCCUUUGCGAGCGUCAUACGACCUCCAAGAUCACCGCGUUCGAGGAUCUUACCUCCAUUGCCACUUAUGGCUUCCGAGGCGAAGCACUAGCAAGCAUAAGUCACGUCGCCCAUCUUACAGUGACCACCAAGACCGAGGACUCAAAUUGCGCAUGGCGUGCCACAUACCUCGAUGGCAAGCUGGCUCCUGCGAAGCCCGGCCAGUCGGCCGACCCCAGGCCCACCGCCGGCCGCCAGGGCACCCAAAUCAGUGUCGAAGACAUGUUUUAUAAUAUACCAACACGUCGAAGAGCUUUCAGGUCGCCUGCUGAGGAGUACAACAAGAUCAUCGACAUUGUUGGGCGUUACGCCAUCCACUGUAAGGGAGUGGGCUUCUCUUGUAAGAAGCACGGCGAAUCAGGCACCAGUGUGUCUGUCCAAGCCACUGCAACUGAAAUCGAUCGUAUACGACAGAUCUACGGCUCUAGUGUUGCCAACGAAUUGAUGCAGUUCUCAACAUCUGAAGACCGUUGGGGCUUCAAGGCUACCGGAUGGGCUACGAACGCCAAUUACAACAUCAAGAAAACCACCUUUCUCCUAUUCAUCAAUCACCGAUGUGUCGAGUCGACCAGCAUAAAGAAAGCACUCGAGCAGCUGUACGCCUCAUUUUUACCCAAGGGCGGCCGGCCAUUCAUCUAUCUAAGCCUCGAGAUUGACCCUGCCCGUGUCGAUGUCAACGUUCAUCCUACGAAGCAAGAAGUGCAUUUCCUGAAUGAAGAUGAUGUCAUCCAGUCAAUAUGCGAGCAUAUUCGUUCCAAGCUCGCAGAGGUCGACACGAGUCGCACCUUCUUGACACAGAGCUUGCUUCCGGUUGCCCAGCUGAUGGAUAUAUCCCCUCAGGCCCACGGUGAGGGCACCCCAUCAACGCCCGCAAGAGAAACGGCGGGCUCAAAACGACCACGAAGGAACUCUAAUAGUCUCGUCCGUACCGAUACAAGCCUGCGGAAAAUCACAAGCAUGCUCCCGUCAGCUAUGGCUGCCACGCCCUCCAAGACCUCCCCUGCCAUGGCUGCAGGCGCACCCGUGGUGGCUGACGAGAAUGCCUUGUCUGCCUCGGAGCACAUUCAGUACGAAACGGUAGAUAGGCCUUUCACACCAAUGAGGCUUACUAGCGUCAAGGAGCUUCGGGCCGAGGUAAGAGAAGACAUGCAUAAUGAUCUCACAGAAAUCUUUGCGAAUCACACAUUCGUCGGCGUCGUCGACGAACGCCGUCGUUUAGCUGCUAUUCAGGGCGGUGUCAAGUUGUAUCUCAUUGACUACGGUCGAGCCUGCUACGAUUACUGCUACCAAAUCGGACUGACGGAUUUUGGUAACUUUGGCACGAUCCGCUUCACGCCGCCCCUUGACCUGCGCGAUAUCCUCCGUAUCGGCGCCGAGGUCGAGAAGGCCAACAUUGAGUCUCCCGAGGAGGACUUUGAUGUUGAAGACGUGGUCGAAAAGGUGGCUACUCAACUGAUUGAGCGACGCGAGAUGCUCGCCGAGUACUUCUCGCUCGAAGUCUCCCCUGCCGGCGAGCUGCUCACCAUUCCCCUACUAAUCAAGGGCUACACACCCGCUAUGGCCAAGCUACCUCGUUUCCUGCUGCGUCUGGGUCCCUGCGUCAACUGGGAGAACGAGAAGUUGUGUUUCGACACCUUCUUGAAGGAGUUGGCGUCUUUCUAUGCGCCCGAGCAGUUGCCGCCGACGGUUGGCGGGGAGGCUGAUGAGAAUGGCGAGCAGGUCAAGGUCGAUGAUCAGCUCGUAGAGCGGCGGAGAAAUGUGCGUUGGGCGAUAGAGCAUGUGUUCUUUCCUGCCUUCAAGGCGAGAUUGGUUGCGACGACGUCAUUGAUGAAGGCUGCUGUGUUGGAGGUUGCUGAUCUGAAGGGACUGUAUCGUGUAUUUGAAAGAUGCUAG